CGACCAAAUCAAUAGUUUUUGAACCCUUUGAGAAAGUUGAAAAGAAUAAAAUCUGUGGCUAGAAAUAUUUAGAGAAAUUAACCAUGCAUUUACACGUAAUCUUUAUCAUGCUGACUGGAAGAAUAAUACUUCGAGGGAAAUUGAUUUUGUCUCAAUUUUUGAAAAUUACAAGCCAGACUAUCAAAAUGUUGGAAAAUGGACAACAUGCCGAAGUUACUGAAUGUGUGAAAUCCCCAAUCGACCUAAAUUCGAAUAAAGAAUUGUCCCCCGCACAAGAACAAGAAUUGGAUAUCCUAUUUGAAAAUACCGCUCAAGUACUUGUACCCUUGCUAAAUCCUGCCUUAAUCUCGUCAUCGGAUAAGACUCGUUUAUACUCGCUUUACAAACAAGCUAACGUUGGAAACUGUCCCCUAUCACCAAAUUUCGGGGGGAGUGGUGGUUUCUGGGGAAAAAUGAACUGGUUGUCGUUACGAGGGAUGCCAUCGUCUCAAGCGGAGACCGAAUAUAUCAAUUUCUAUACAACACUACGACACAAAGAGAUCGAGCAUUUAAUUCAGAGAAAUUACGCGGGUGCAAUUACCCAAGAAUUCAAAACCUUGCAUAACUUCGAACCAAUCCUCCAUCUUGGCCACGUCCUAAUUCCCGUCAAUCAACUCCCGCCGAACGUCUUGUACGAGUACAAUUCCGUCGUGAAGACGAAAUACAUGGCGGCAGGAAGAGGAAAAUUCGCAUAUGACGAGGCCGCCAUUCAAGACCCGAGACCAAUCAGCGAUUCGCAUUUUAUCUCAAUUUGGACGGAUACGCAUUUUUCGAAAUUGGUCACGCAUCUUGACCCGAACCGGGCAGAAUUGACCCCAUUCCGGGAAUUAUUCGGAUUGAGAGACAAGGACGAUGCCGAUUAUUUUAUUGUUGAUUUAACCGGGGUUCAUGCUCUUCCCUUACGAAAGAGGAAUAAAGCCGUUCUCUGCCCCUGUGUAGUCCUCUUGAGGCGACGAUCUUCCGGAGAUGUGGUCCUGGUGUCAAUAGCUAUUGAAAAUUUAGAUGAGACGAGAGCCCUCCAAAAUUCGGAAAGUUUAAACAUGCCGCCUUUUCCUCUAGUUCUUAACAAUCUCCGCCUCGUCUACCCCGGAGAUGGGGUAGCUUGGGAAAUUUCGAAACUGCACGCGCCCCUAAACGCCAUUUAUAUUUGUGGCAUCGGACAGCACACCGUGUUACAUGCGUCCCUUGCUAGUCCCAUCUCGCUCACGUAUGAAAGCAUGCUUAGCAAGAGUACAAAUUUGCAUUGCAAUUCCGUCCUCAACCGGAUAAUUGGCGUCCAUUCGUACGUCCAGUGUGGCGUGGAUUCUAACGCGUUUGAUUUUAAGGAGAGCGUCGUGUACGCCGAGGGGUCACCUUACUAUCCGUGGCUGGUGGACACUUCGGGGGGCGGGGUGCACAGUAUAGUUCAAUUAAUUUGCGACGGGUGGGGGGAAAGUGAGACGGGUCAGCACCCGAUUUAUGACGGCUACAUGAAUUCAAGAAACGAAAAUAUUAUCAGUGAAAUGGAUUACGAAGAUGUUCUCCCAUUUCGUAAACUUAUUAAUGCUUUCCUCUUUCCGAUUAAGAGAUUUGUGAGAAAUGUGGUACAAUUACUUAUUGAGGAUCCCGCUGAACAAUUGUAUGUUUCUGAAUUUCUAAUCCAAUUAAAGGACAAGUUACCCCUGGAGAGUUGGGUACGGGGGAAAUACAAAAUUGUUUCGAUUUGAAUGGAAAUUUAAUCCGGGAACGAGGAGUCGCAGCGGCAGGGAAACUUAUCGAGAAACUUUUAACGUAUUUCAUCCUUAACGCGGUCCAACAUUCCGUUGAGCACUUUCUUUUGGAGGGCUGGCAGUUGAAAGACAUUCAUGGCGUGAUAAGAAUAGGGGUCGACUUUGAAAAUAAGAGGACAGGGCGGGAAGCUAUUUCAAAUUGCAUGAGAAAUAUUAACAGUAUUGCGGACAGAUCGAGAAUGUAUCUCAUGUCAAAUAUGGUUUCUUACCCGCAUCUUAGCCGAAAUUUUGCCGAUUUCUUUAUAAAAGAAGGUGGAUAUUUUGGAAAUGAGUUCUCCGGAAGGUUAUGUCCCAAGAAAUUGACAAUCUUGAAAGGCUACCAAGAAGAAUUUGUCGUAGGAUUGGAACGAAUUUUUGAAGAUAAGUGCAUUACUAAGGUUUGUCCGCAUAUUACUCUAUCAGACUUGGGGGUCAGUGUACAAAGUUAGAAAUAGAAUAAAAAAACUGUGGGAAUACAAAUUUCGUUCAGGCGCUUUAUUAAAUGGAAACCUUAAUUACGAAGGAAUGGGAAUUUGAAUGGGAUGAUGUAAUAAGUAUUAAAGAUGAUGUGUUACAUACUAGAUAACAGUUCUGGUCUGUGAUAUUAUGGAGUUUUUAAUAGAGUUUAUCCAUAUGCUA